UUUUGAACUUGCUCAAUCAAACCAUCAUGCGUGGAUUUACGGCGGUGGCUGCUUGUAUUUUUGCUGGUGCUCUGUUGAUCCCCCAAGCAAAAGCAAACUGCCCCAUCGCGAACCCCAAAAAGUCCAAUUGCUGGUGCGACGCCGCCAUGAAAAAGCCCAAGACGGUCGGUAACUGCGACAGCGCUCGAAACCAGCACUUCCACCAAAGCGCGCACAAUGCCAAGCGUAAGGGGGCCAUGCACUACCUCUGCUGUGACAAAGCCAGAGCCAAGUCGUACUGCAUGACCAUCGCCCAAGGCCAGGCCUGUGGUUGGGAACAAGGGAUUGCGUUUUAUUAGAUCAUGACACUAUAUAUUCCCACCAGAAUAUCCUUGACCAGAGACGCACUGACUUAAGUCGUAAAUACCAACCAUAUGUGCAAAGGUAGGGAGGGUUUCCAACGAUCCAAGCCCCAAUCACACAGAAGUGCCUUUCUAUUAAUAGACUAUGAAUAGACUGUUAUUAAUAACCAACCUACUAUUGCGG